AUGUACUUCGCUGAGCACAGGUUUCUGGGAGACACCGUCAAUGUCUCGGAUGAUCAUCAAUCUUCUUCUCAUAAAGAAGCAGUGACUCUACACCUCACCAAUGGCCUUGCUGUCACCUACGGUGAGAUCAACGGUCUCGCUGGAGAUUACUUCGGUUUAGGCAAGCCAAUCUCCUCCGAACCUAAUUCUGAACGCAUGAAAGUCAUUUUCCGGCGCUGGUUCGAUCUUCUUGACUUCCCGCCUGUUGGCAAACUCAAAGCCGAAGCAAUCACCAAGGAGCUCAGUUCUAUGAAUGAGAAGGCUCUAGCUGUCAUGUGUUCGAAUUCUGAGAACGCCGCGGCUGAGCUUGCGGCUGUGUACAAGGACAAUCCCCUUGACAUUACGCACCUUGAGGAAGUCUCCAAGGACUCCAGAUGGGCUAUUGGUUCAAGUUUCAUGCAGCUUCUGGAGGCGAAUGUUGAUCAUUUUGGUGUCGAGGCAAGGUCAACUUAUAAUGCUGGCCACGCCGUCGCUCUCGAAGUGGCCGCUGGGGGUGAUCUCAUGACUGCUCUGGCAGUCAAUGCGUUCGCCGAUCACUUCCUGCAAGACUCUUUUGCAGCAGGCCACAUCAGAGUCCCCCGCAAGGAGAUCGCUGAUAUUGCCAAGAACCAUCCGUAUUCAAUCCCUUUCCUCAAGUUUGAGGACAUUGCCAAGGUCAUCAAUGCAUCUUCGAACGUCAUGCAUAACGAAGAUGGGGAGCUCGGCUUGUGGCUCGAAAGUCCAUCUGGCGAGAAGUGGAAAGCCUUUGGUGACGGCAGACUGCCCGGUAAGGUUGUCUCCUCCGAGGCAACGUCGACCAACUUCGAUCAAUGCCGCAAAGCUGUGCAGCAGUCCAUUGCAGAGGUUCACGAUGCCUUCAAGCACAGAAAGGUGCUUCAAUCGUCUGACUUUGCAGCUUGGCAUCAUGCUCCCAUUAUGGACAAAGUCUCUAUCCAUCCGGACAACCACAAUCCCCUUCUCAAGGUUCAGGAUGGUAAACUUUUGACGCGUGUUAAUGGCGUGUCGUCUAAUAAAUAUGAGGUGAUAGAUGAGCUGACGAAGUGGGCUGCAUUCUGGACGGAUAACUUCAAGCAGGUGGAGGACCAAGUCAGGCUGAUGGUGAUGAAGUUCUUGAACAAAUGA